AUGUCUGUAGCUGAGAGCAAACCACCAGUCAUGUCGAUCACGAAAUCGUUACCUUUAUCAGUGGUUUCAAAUCUAUAUCAUUGUGUGGCUUCCAACGCAGGUGGAUUUUCUAGUCCCAAUCAGCUGUACAGUCCAGCCCCAGUAAGAUCAGGCAAAACGCCCAUGUCUCCGGUCGCACCAUUAGACUCUCAAUAUGCGUUCAGUACGGAACUGAGCGAUGAGGAGGAGGAGGUGGAUUGUGACUAUCAAUUAAAUGAACUCUCCCGAUUCACAAUGAGUCCUACUAGGAAUCGAGUACAUCCAUUUUACAAUAAUUACUACAAACAGUUUGCCACACGAGCUUCUACCGGUUUUGGCGCCGGCCGAAUCACGAAUGGGAACUCCACCACAGACCAGUCCAGUUUAAUCUCUCCCCUGAAUCUGAGUGUUUCUACCAGAACAAAGCAAUUGUUGGCCUCGUCAUUGAUCACCGGUCACCUAGAUACGUCCCCGAUUCUACUGCUGCAGCAGCAGCAACAACAACAAAUUCCAACGGCAACAGACACACUCAGUCAAAUUGUGAAGAGUCGUUCUGUGUUGGAUUUCGAUUCACGACCAGACGAGGAAUUCGCUUUCCGCAUGCAAGCUGAACCAUUCAGUCUUGCUCGGGAUUCCGUCGCCACUGGUGAACUCUGUGUCGGUGUGGUCUGUGACGAGUCCGGACUACCGGAUGGACUCACUCAAUCUGUCCUCGAAGAGUUCGACAUGACAGACGCUAAAAUCCAAACAGAUAAUAAAAUGGAUGCAUCUGUUCGACAGAUUACCAAUCCGGCAUCUAUCCUUUCCGUGGAUCAAUCUACACGCGGUGAACAGGACGCAGUCGGAUCAUCAUGCGCUGAAUGA